GUCCUCAUCCCUUUUUCUGCGCUUGAGUCCAUACAGGGCACGAAAGGACACCAUUAAAAGUAUUUGAUAGAGUAAGUAUCGCGUUCGUUUUUAUAGCAAUAUAAAGCAAACAAGCGAUAGAAAACUUCUGAUUAUGCGUCUUACGAUUGAUUUACUUAGAAAAGCUCCUCAGUUCAAUAAUACAAUUCUUCAACGGGAAAUUGAUUUACGCGGAUUAUCCAUUUCUUCACUGGAUGAAAAUGUGUUAUUACUGCUGGAGAAUCGUUUUGAUGUUAUCAAUCUUACCUCAAAUGUCUUGACCUGCCUAGAGUUCUUCCCGCAAAGGGGCUUGCAGGGCGAGAACAAACCCAUCAUGGAUCGUGUGGUGACGUUGAUUGCUCAUCGUAAUCAAAUUCGGAAGGUAAGCAUCGGGUCUUGUGUUAUGGCAUUGCCCAAUCUAUGCCAUUUUCUCGCAGACCGAAACAACCUUGGAACGGUGAGGGAUUUGUACUUUUUGCGGUAUUGGAAGAAACUGGAAAUUGUUUCUCUUGAAGCGAAUCCGGUAUGGGAUCACAACCCUGAAAACUACAGUGAGGAGAAAAUACGAUCCUUUAUGGUUUUCCUCUGCCCACAUCUUAAACUCAUCAAUUAUUCUCGUGUGACGCAGGCGGAUCGUCGUGCAAGUGAGGAAAAUCGGAAGGAGUUUAAGGCCCUUAUGACUCAGUGGGAAAGAGAAUUCAAUGGUGUUGUGCGUGCUACCACCGAGCUUGAAGGGGGCAAGAAAAUCCGUAAGCGGGGAAGGGAAAUGCGGGGGGCUGAGGUUGGAGGUGCAAGUUCCAGUGCGAAUGCUAACGCUCCCUCUACCACGGUGGGUGGCGGUCUGGCUGACGUCGAGGAAAGCGUCGUACCUGUUACCACCAGUGACAGUGGGAUGGAUAGGGAAGAUGCUGAAUAUGAGAGCCUGCAAAGACGCUUGGAGGAGCUAGAGGCUAAAAUACUGUCUGAGAAUACAACGCCGGCGGAGAUCAGUGCCAUGGAGCAGGAGUUUAAUGAGAUCACGAUGGAGGUCGAGAGGUGCAAGAAACGUCGUAAACACUAAUAAUUUCUUUUAUAAUCCAAUGGGAAGUGUGUUCCAGGCGGUCUUACUGCGAAGCACAUAGGAUGCAAGGGAUUUGCCUAUGUU